CGGCCGGGGAGGAAGCCCGGAGUCCGCGUUCGACCUCGUGGAUUCAGAGGGAACCGGAAAGCGACCCGCGGUAUCCAGCCGCUCUGAUCUGUGCGACGCGGCCUUGGGCGUGGUCCGUGGGCGUGACCCUGAGGGAUCAUUUCUUCUUCCAUAAGAAGCACUCAAAAGAGGAGGUUGUCCCAUGAAAAUUCUUAAAGCCAUGCUGCAGGGACCCGUGUCAUUCAAGGAUGUGACUGUGGACUUCACCCAGGAAGAAUGGCAACAUCUGGACCCUGCACAGAAGGCACUCUACAGGGAUGUCAUGCUGGAAAACUAUUGCCAUCUCAUCUCCGUGGGUAAGGAAGACUCUAUGCAUCUUUCUGCAUUGUGCAUUGCUUUUCCUUUAUGUUUUCACAGGUCAGAGGAAAUGAAUCCCAUUUUGUUAGCAGAAAAUAGAAUUAUGUCCUCACUUAUCUAGUACGAGGGUUUCACAUGACUAAGCCUGAUAUGAUACGCAAGUUGGAACAAGGAGAAGAACUGUGGACAACAGAGAGAAUUUUUCCAAGUCACAGCGACCUAGAAGAAGAUGGAAAAACUGAAGAUGUUAUAGUGAAAUUCAAAGACUAUCAAGACAGGCAUUCUAGAUCAAUUAUACUCAUCAACCACAAAAGACUAAGUAAGGAAAAAAAUAAUAUUUGGGGGAGAGCACUUACUGUAGGCAAGAGUCAUAUUAUUUCCAAAAAAACACUGCAUGAGUAUAAGCCUGAUGGAAAGGUUUUGAAAAAUAUUUCACAGUUAAUCAUUAGAAAUAUAAGCCCUGUGGAAGAAAAGUUUGGUGAGGGUAAUGAGUGGAAGAAAUUGCUCCUUGAUGCUAAAAAUGAGAAAACUCAUACUGCAGUUACUCUCUAUAAACAAACAGAAAGAAGUCUAAGUGGAAAACAAGAAUCUGUUCAGCGUCAGAAGUUUCAAACAGCAUUUGAACAUAAUGAGAAACCCAUCCUUAUGAAAGGAAUAUUAUUUGCACAUUCUAGAACUCACAAAGGAGAAAGAACCUUGGAAUAUAAUGAAGAUGAAAUAGCUUUCAUCAAAAAGUCAAAUUUCAGUGUCCAUCCACAAAUUGUUAUGGAGAGGAAGCCCCAUGCUUACAACAAAUAUGGGAAAUUCCUCUGUAGGAAGUCCAUCUUUAUGCAUCAGCGAUCUCAAGAUGAAGAGAAACCGUUUCAGUGUCCUUACUGUGGAAAUAGAUUUAGAAGGAAGUCAUAUCUCAUUGAACAUCAGCGAAUCCAUACAGGUGAGAAACCUUAUGUUUGCAAUCAGUGUGGAAAAGCUUUUCGUCAAAAAACAGCACUCACACUUCAUGAGAAAACACAUAUAGAGGGGAAACCUUACAUUUGUUUAGAUUGUGGGAAGUCCUUUAGACAAAAGGCAACCCUCACCAGACAUUACAAAACACAUACAGGAGAGAAAGCCUACGAAUGUACUCAAUGUGGAAGUGCUUUUAGAAAAAAAUCAUACCUCAUUGAUCAUCAGAGAACUCACACAGGAGAGAAACCGUAUCAGUGUAAUGAAUGUGGGAAAGCAUUUAUCCAGAAGACAACCCUCACUGUACAUCAAAGAACUCACACAGGAGAGAAACCCUACAUUUGUAAUGAAUGUGGGAAAUCUUUCUGUCAAAAAACAACUCUCACUCUCCAUCAAAGAAUUCAUACAGGAGAAAAACCUUAUAUUUGUAAUGAAUGUGGGAAAUCCUUCCGCCAGAAGGCAAUCCUUACUGUUCAUCAUAGAAUACAUACAGGAGAGAAAUCCAAUGGGUGUCCUCAGUGUGGGAAAGCCUUUAGUAGGAAAUCAAAUCUCAUUCGUCAUCAGAAAACUCACACAGGAGAGAAACCAUAUGAAUGUAAAGAAUGUGGGAAGUUCUUCAGUUGUAAGUCAAACCUCAUUGUCCAUCAGAAAACUCACACAGUAGAAACCAGAGAAAUUCAGUAAAUGGUGUUAAAAACUUAAAAAGUCGUAGUAAACCCUGUACAUAAUGUUGCUUGCAGGUAUAUAAUUUCAACAACUUAAGGUUUCAGGUCACAUACGCACCUACUGUUUGCUAGACCAUAAAACAAAGAGUUACAGUAUAAAUAUCAUUGAAAAUGUAAAUCAAAUUUUUAAUAGGUUCAGCAGACAUAAACUUCCUCUGUCAAACUGCUACUAAUAAUUAAAAUUGCUUAUUUUCAAUUUCAGUAUAUAUUGUGAACCUGUAAUAAAUAGGUGGUCCAUCGGCCACACUAUACAUAAGUGCUUUAAGAGAAAGGAGGUAUUAACUGUAUUUCUCGUUGCAAAUAUAGAAAAAAAGCUAGUUGCUACCUCCUCAAAGUUAACCACAGGUCUGGCUUUUAAUAGAUCAUAAAACCUUUUAUUAAUUGGAUUGUAUCAAUUCAAUCAGCUUAAUCAGUGGCUGAAUAAAUAGCAGUACUCCUACAUUUUAAAAAAUUGGAUUGUGUAUCAUUCCUAAUAUGUGUAUUCCCUUCAUCAUGUCUUUAAAAAUGUAUCAUUAGUGCAUGUGGUAGAAUGUCAUUUAUUUUCAUUCUGUACAGGAUUCUAUUAUAUAAUUGUAUUCACAACUUAUCCAGUCUACUAUAAUUUUUUUCAUUGUUUACAGCUUAGGGACUUAAAUAAU